GUGUGCAUAUACGCUUUCCCCUCAACAUUACGUAAAAAAGGAUAUGCCUUCCGGACUCUCGUUUACAUGGCCCCGCCGUCGUCUUCUCCUCCCCUUCCGGCAUGGGCGGCGGCGAACGCCCUCUUCCGACGCCACCGCCGCCUUCUCCCGCUCCUCCUUCCCCCGGUGUCCCUCUGCGCCCUCCUACCCGUCCUCUCCCACUGCCUCGUUUCCGGCCUCGCCGGCAACCCCUUCGUCGCCUCCCGCUUCAUCCUCGCCUCCUCGCGCCUCUCCCUCACAUUCUCCCUCCUCCUCCUCUCCCACCUUCCAGCCUCUUCCCUCUCGCCCUUCUCCUUCAACUCGCUCAUACGCGCGUCGCCUCCAGGCCUCACCCUCCGCCUGUUCGAACAAAUGCGCCGCCGGGGCGUUCCCACGGAUAACUACACCCUCCCCUUCUUGAUCCAUGCCUGUUCCGGCAGUGACAUGGCACUGGGACAGUCCCUGCACGGGAAGAGCGUCCGUCUUGGUUACAGCUCCCACAUCUUCACGCAGACGGCGCUGAUGAACAUGUACUUUGGGUGUGGCUUGACUGUUUCCGCCGGCAGGGUGUUCGAUGAAAUGCAGGCGAGGGAUGUGGUUGCAUGGACCGGCAUGGUCUCUGGUUAUGUGGACUCUGGAAUGCACCUUCGAGCUGCUGAGGUCUUUAAGGAGAUGAGAGGCGGUGAGGAGGUUACAAGGCCUAAUGUAGCAACGUUGGUGUCGGUUGCUUCUGCGUAUGCCAGUCUUGGCUCCCUGGAGUAUGCUAAGGGGCUGCACGGCUAUGUGGAGAAGGUGGGGUUGCGAGGCGAUUUGAUUCUGACGAAUGCACUGAUGGAUAUGUAUGGAAAGUGUGGUAGCAUAGAGUCAGCUCGUGCUCUGUUUGAUUUCAUGCAUGAGAAGGACCUACUUUCAUGGACAACGAUGAUUUCAGGGUUGGCUUCUCAUGGACAUGGCAAAGAAGCGGUUGCUUUGUUUUUAAGCAUGCGCGAGGUGGGAGUACUGCCGGACUCAACCACCUUCAUCGUGGUUCUGUCUGCUUGUAGCCAUGCUGGACUGGUGGAUGAGGGGAUAUCAAUCUUCAAUUCCAUGGCGAGUGAGUACAAGGUCAUCCCAGAUAUUAAGCACUAUGGUUGCAUGGUGGAUCUUUUCAGCAGGGCAGGACUUCUUUCACGUGCUUAUGAGCUUAUUGAUAGCAUGCCUUUUGAGCCAAACUUGGCAAUUCUUGGAGCAUUGCUGAGUGCAUGCAGUGUCAAUAAUGAACUGGAGAUUGGGGAACUAGUUCUCCAGAAGAUUGAUUCUGUUUGCUCCUAUAAAGGAGGUGCUGGUGUGCUUCUGUCCAACAUCUACGCUAACCAGAACUUAUGGCAUGAAGUUGAUUCCAUUAGAAGGAAGAUAAGAAAUGGUACCAUACCCAGAAAGCCACCUGGUCAGAGUUCGGUGGCAUCAGAAGUUCCUUUCAUGAGUUUGUGAUUUGGAGCUUUUAGAGAGAAAUCCACUUUGUUGUCACUGUUAACCUUGACUGGCAAAAUGGCUGAUUUUCAUGCGAACUGGAGAUGAGGUCUCUCGGCAGCAUAUUUCGCAGAUUAGCUUUCCAUAGCGCGCACAGAAACACUAAACUUCAUACGCAAACUUCUUCCCCUCACCAACUCCCCCUUAUCAUUUAGGAGAUAAGACAAAGUAUACCAUCUUAUUCACCGUUUCCAUCCGAACAAAUACACACCAUGCACUCAUACACCCAGGCGUGAUGCCUUCUUGCAGCAUUUUCACGGAGAAAGCCUGAGGCUGAACCAGUCAAAUGCAUUGUA